CAAUGGCUUGGCUAAUUCUAAUAAUCGUGUCAUGAUUUUGGAAAACUGCAAGACAAAGAGUCAGGCCUGUUAUAAUUGUGGAGAGACAGGUCACUGUAUAAGAUUCUGCUCUUUCCUCCUCCUCCUCCUCCUCCUCCUCCCUCUCUCUCCCUCCUUCAAAAGCUGUAUACCAACUGUGGUAAAAAUGUAGCAAUUAAUAAGCCCGGUGAAUGUCAUAAAGGAUCAUCAUAAAGGUGGGCAAACUAAUGAAACAGGA